AAUCCAUGAUCCUCCUGGGCUCCAUCGAGACGACGGAGCUCCAGGCCAUCUUGGACUGGUGGCUCUCUCCGGAGAGGCGAGUCUUUGAGAGAGGUCAGAGUUCACCGGGAUCCAAAGUCAGCUGGGAGUCGUUCAGCUUCGUGGACGAGGAGGGCGGAGAGCAGAGCGCAGACAAGACUGCUCCAGGCCAGGAGGAGCGUAACGGACCCCUACAGACCCCCAGAGCUCAGGAGCCCUCCACCAACCACUCAGACUCAG